AUGUAUCUCACCUCAGACGUCGAGGGGAGGGUCGAAGCUCCCCCACCUCAGAUCCCCACCUACCUCGCUCCCAGCGCUGACACCUUCACUCUCCCCCUCCCCGUCCACCAUUCCCCAGCCCACCGUACCAAGCGACCUUGGCAAGGUGCAGUUGAACCACCCCAACUCGACUCUCGUCCAGCCUACGACCCCAAGUGUUACCUUUGCCCCGGCAACGAGCGAGCGGGUGGAGUCAGGACGGAGAAGUACGAGGGAACUUUUAUCUUCGAGGUGCGUUCAACGCUCGGGAAACUUAGGUUCCUACAACGUUCCUGACUCGGAUAAUGUUCCCCCACUUUACAUGCACUAGAACGACUUCGCUGCCCUUGUAGAAGACUUGGUCCUCCCGCCCCCGCCGAUCCCGGAAGCCGACGAAAGUGUCAAUUCCCUCUUUCGCCAAGAAUCCGCAAGAGGCAAAUGCCACGUCAUAUGUUUCUCACCUCGUCACGACUUGACCGUCGCGGAGAUGAAAGAUCAAGAGAUCGAAGGCGUCAUCGGGGCUUGGUAUGUCGAUCCCUCCACUUGUCACUUUUUUCAAAAGUUGACCCCGAGCCUAAUCCUUCGGGGAUACGAAUGUUCGUACAGGACCAAGUUGUACAAAGAUGUUUCAAAAGAAUACCCUUGGAUCAAGUACAUCCAGAUGUGAGUUACGAACGUGCCCUCCCGUGAUGAGUGGCGCACCAGCUCAUGGGUGGGUUGAUCCUCGUGCCCAUAGCUUUGAGAACAAGGGCUCGAUGAUGGGCUGCUCGAACCCCCAUCCGCAUGGACAGGUAAGAUUCCUACACCACGUCCGAAAAGCUGCGAAAACUCUAACCUCGUUUUUUCCUGUCCGUAGUCCUGGUCCCUCUCCUACAUCCCCACAAUACCUUCCCAAAUCCUCGAAUCCCAACUCGCCUUUGCCUCCUCCACGAAACCCUCCAACUCCCUCGCCCCUCUCUCGCAAAAUGGUUCUCCAAAUCUCCUCCUCACCUACGUGACUCAAGAACUUGCUUUCUACGCUGAGAACCCGGAAGAAAGUCGUGUGAUUUUCAAAGGCGAAGAUUUCGUUGCGUUGGUACCGUUUUGGGCAGGGUGGCCAUUCGAGGCGAUGAUUCUGCCUUACAAGUGAGCCGUCUCCCCACUAAAAAUUCCUGCGCUUGACGUUCAUCCGAAGAAGACUGACGAACGACCCAUCUUUCCGUUCAAACAGACGUCAAAUCGCUUCCCUCUCCCAUCUCACCCCCUCCGAAAUUUCCGACCUCGCUACCUCGAUCGGCCACCUCACGCGCCGCUUCGACAACCUCUUCUCCACUUCCUUCGCCUACUCCAUGGGCGUCUACCAAACCCCAACUGACAACUCGACGAAUUCGUCCGCCUACCUAUCCACGACCCAACUGCACCUCCUCUUCCUACCCCCCCUAUUAAGGUCCGCAAGUGUGCGCAAGUUUUUGGUCGGCUUCGAAUUGAUGGCCGAGACUCAACGGGAUAUCACGCCUGAACAAGCGGCGGCGAGGUUGAGGGGUGUGGAAGGGGGAACGCAUUACAAGUCGAUGUGA